CAAACACAAAAUGGCCAAACUCCCCUCAGCAACGCUCCGACGAGCUCACCUCCCGUCUUCACCACAACAAUUCACGCAAUGCCGGCACGCUUCGCUCCUUAGACGACCGCACCGCCCCUACACCUUCACACAACUGGUCACGCUCUCAGACGGGUCGACAUACACGCAGCGAACGACGAGUCCGCAGCCCAUCUACCGCAGCACAAAAGACACGCGGAAUCAUCCUUUAUGGCAGCCAAGUCUUGAUAACCUGCGCAAUGUGGAGCAAGAUGAAGCCGGGCGCCUGAGAGCCUUUAGAAAUCGGUUUGGUAGGGGUUGGGAUUUGGAGAGUACGGGAGAGGAUGCUGGGAGCAAGGAAGGGAAGAAUGCAGCAGCUGGCUCUGGUGCUGAUGCCAGUAAGAAGACUGCGGCCGUGGGGGCUGGGUCAGAUGAGGAGGGCAGUUUGAUGGAUUUGAUAAGCGGCGGUGCGUACACUCAGAGCUACCAGCAAACAAGAGAAGCAUCGAAGGGUCCCAAGGGCGGAGAGGGGCAAGGAGCUAAGGCCUCGGCGAAGGAUCCGGCGGAGGAUGACAGUGAGAAGGCGAAAAAGAAGAAGAAAUGAGAUUCCAGACCGCACUGUAUUGCGAUUGGAAAUAGAGGACAGUCCUAGAGGUGGACAUCAGAGGAGGUAUAUCGGCAAGAGGAUAAAGUGGGAAGGCAAGUCGAUAUUGUAUAAUCUGUAGGAUCAUGAAAGAGCGCAAAGUAAAGGCGUCUGGCAACGGGAUUAUUCUAUGUACAAAUACUACAUUCCGGCUCCUUAACCCCUCAAUUACCCAUCUGCUGGGCAAUUC